AUGGAGCACCUCGCGCGCAACCCGUCUCCUCUAACUCGGGUGUACCACCUCAUGGCCGAAGGGAUGUCUUUCAAGGUCACGGUCGCGCUCCGUGCAAGAAGGGUGGAGAAGUGGAUCCGCGCUGUGAAGAGGGACUAUCUCGACAACGCACCAAUCAAGUGCGCCGACUUGGAUUGCGAGUUCACCAACCCUCGCGAGGGUGAUCAGCGCGUCGCCGUCCUUCAACUCUCGGUGGCGUUCGAGAAUUUGGUAUUCCAGAUUUGUCAGACUGAUGAAGUGCCACAACCUCUCAAGGAGUUCUUGCAGGAUGUGGAGAUGCUGGGUCUGUAUGUUGAUCUCAGAGAUGCUGAUGGUGGUCAUGAUGGUGCUGAUGGAGAUGUUGAUGGAGAAGCCUCCCCCUACGCCAAGGAGGAGUGGUGA